CGACGACCCCACCGAGGCGGGGCAGAGCAGCGGCUCCGGCGGGACCCCCCCGGGCCCCUCCGCGAUGAGAAGGGGCGGCUCGGCCAGAGCCCGGGGGCAGGCGGGGGCCGUGGGCGGCGACAAAGCCGAGACCGGCUCCGUGUGCGGCAGCGACAGCGGCAGCGACAGCAACCCCGGCGGCGCCGGCCCCAUCUGCAAGAUCUGCUUCCAGGGCGCCGAGCAGGGCGAAUUGUUAAAUCCUUGCCGAUGUGAUGGGUCAGUACGGUACACACAUCAAUUGUGCCUCUUAAAGUGGAUCAGUGAAAGAGGGUCAUGGACCUGUGAACUCUGCUGUUACAGAUACCAUGUUAUAGCAAUUAAAAUGAAAAAACCUUGCCAGUGGCAAAGCAUUACAAUAACACUGGUUGAAAAAGUGCAGAUGAUUGCUGUAAUCCUAGGAUCUCUGUUCUUAGUAGCAAGUGUGACUUGGCUUCUAUGGUCAGCCUUCAGCCCCUAUGCAGUAUGGCAAAGAAAGGACAUCCUUUUUCAAAUCUGCUAUGGAAUGUAUGGUUUUAUGGAUCUAGUGUGCAUAGGACUAAUUGUACAUGAAGGUGCGUCAGUUUACAGAGUGUUUAAGCGCUGGAGGGCUGUUAAUCUUCACUGGGAUGUAUUGAAUUAUGAUAAAGCUACAGACAUAGAAGAGAGCAAUCGAGGAGCGUCUUCACCGGGUAGGACAUUGUGGUUACCACUAACUGCAUUUAGAAACAGAAAUUUAAUUCAUCCAACACAGCUAACCUCUCCAAGAUUUCAGUGUGGCUAUGUAUUGCUGCAUCUGUUCAAUCGAAUGAGACCUCAUGAGGAUUCAUCAGAAGAUAACAGUUCUGGAGAGGUUGUGAUGAGAGUGACAUCAGUGUAAAGAUAACGCUCACUGUGCUACACAAAUAAGGAUAAUGUGCCCUGGACUUUACAGUACUCCAGAAUGUAGUUGCAGUGAAUGCUGAUACCAUAGCACUUCUAAAAAUAUUUACAACUUUUAAAACAUUUAAUGCUUUUUAUAUGAUCAGUUGAAUUGCAAAUACAUUUUUCUGAAAAAGUUUUUGCUUGCUUUUUUAUAGUCUGGUAUAUUACAUAGUUUGGUCAAUUUGUACUUGAAAUUUAUAAAAAUAUAAUUUAACUCUCAUUGCCUUGAAUAACGAGGAAACCAAUCUUUUAAGCCAAAAAUAUCUGUCAUAGCGUUAAGUGUAUUUUUUCAAUCUAUAUAGUUUUUCAAAUGCAUAAGUUGAGGAAAAUAAUGACUGGUAUCUCUGUGACUAACUCUAGGUAUACAUAAGUGUGUCAUUUAAUAUAUUAACUAUGUAACGGUUCAGUCACAUUUCAGAAAGAUGAUAUAUAGGGCCUUGUAGAAGAUGGACUCACUGUUCAUGUGCCCCCUUUGUUUCUGAGCAUAGCGUAGCAGGCUCUCCCCAUCUAGUGUCCUCUGCCACUGCCAGUGCAGCCCUGGAGCAGUCUUUUCUUUAUGUGAUGUAACCCUCUAGCCAGGUGAUUUAUAGUCCUACUCUUCUGGGGUAAGAAAACAAGUCCAACAGCCUCAUGCUGAGUUUGUGGUCCAAAUCCAGACAUACUAGUCCUUUGACCCAUGACCUCCAGGGUCCUGGCACUGUUUUUGGAGGGCCUGUAGGGGAAUCUAGGCUCUCCCUCUCCUUUGGGUUUUAGCCCAGGAACCCUAUAGUGAGCAUGCAAGGUCUGUUUAUUCAGACCUUCCCAUCCCCUGCUCCCCCCCAGGCUUCUUCCUACCUCAACCUAUCAGCAUGCCUUUUCUACAGCCCCUUCCUUGGCCCACUGUGUACCUGUAUUCCUCUCAGGCACUACAAUGUCUCAGACAUCACUUUUUCUUCAGAGUUGUGGCUCACAGGAGUCUUCUCUGGAG